GUCACAGUGAAUCCAAAGAAGCGUUGUUCGCGCCAAGACGUCUUUGUUUGUCGGGUGAUCAUGGAUUCUGCUUCCGAAAAUCCUUCGCAGACUUUGGAAAAGCCAUUGGAAACUUCUGAAAAGCCAUUGGAAACUUCCGAAAAGCCACCGGGAACUUCGGAAAAGCCAUCGCAAACUUUGGAAAAGCCGUCGAAGGCUUUGGAAAAUCCAUUGGAAACUUUGGAAAAGCAAUCGGGGACUUCGGCAAAUCCAUCGCAUACUUUAGACUGGAAUGUCGACACAGAGGUGACUUUAUUUAGAGCAAUGAAAGGCCAUAAGCCGAUUGGCGUCAACAGGUACUUCCAAAUGGCUUGCAUCGUUGAAAAGUUCAGCGUCGCCAUGAACAAAGACAUCUCAUCACAAGCAAUAUGGGAUCACUUCGACGAUAUGUAUGACAUGGAGGCUUUGCACGAGUCGGAGAUUCUGCCAUUUCCAAACAACGAAACUGAAUUUUCGCUGCCUGAGAGUGAGUUUGGUGACCUCAUGGCCAAGUACAGAAAAGAUGAAGAACCCAGUGAGCAAGCUCCAUUGCCUGCUGCCAGCUCCUCCGGGGACGGUAAAGAGCUCAAGGAUGACUCUUCAGCAUCUAAGAAGCCUCGAGCCAGCAGUGCCAAGAAAGGCAAGGGUAAUGGGAAGGCAGCGAAGUCUUCGGCUAAAUCCAGCACAAGCAAGAAAGUAAAGCAGCGCAGCGAGGGAAAGACAACUGCCAGGCAAGACCAUGUGUUUCUUGAAUGA